AUGGGUUUUGGCACUAGGUGGAUCAGGUGGAUCAAAUACUGCAUAAACACAGUGAAGUUCUCCAUCCUGGUUAAUAGAUCUCCUACUGGUUUCUUUUCCUCAAAGAGAGGCCUGAGACAGGGGGAUCCUUUGUCACCUUUUCUUUUCAUUUUGGCAAUGGAAGGAAUGAAUGACAUGCUACAAAAUGCUAAAUACAAUGGGUGGAUGAAGGGCUUUCAAGUCAACUUCAAUGCAGACAACAACAUGGAAAUAACUCACUUACAAUAUGCUGAUGAUACCUUAAUUAUUUGUGAUGCUAAUAGGGAUCGACUUAGAUAUUUGAGGAUGAUCUUUAUCAUAUUUGAGGCAAUUUCUGGGUUGCACAUCAAUUGGGGAAAGAGUUUUAUCUAUCCAGUUAACUCUGUGGUAGAAAUUCAAUCCUUAGCAGACAUCUUAGGAGGCAAAGUGGGGGGAAUUGCCUACUGUUUACCUAGGCAUGCCCUUGGGAGCCAAGAGUAA